AACAAAUGUGUGUGUGUUUACAUAAUUGAGAAUUCGAAUGCUUUAUUUAUUUUCAUCGAAAUCCGAAACUUAACAUCGAUGAUUUUAAUUAUUAUUAAAUGAAUCAUGGCUGAUUCAUCUAGCUAUAAAGUACCAUCAUGGGCUGGAAUUCCACCCUGUGGCUAUCAUUUAGAUGUUAUGAAAGAUGGAAAAUUGGUUCAGAAACUAAUGAUUGAUGAAAAAAAUCAUUAUCUAUUUGGUCGAAAUUUAGCUAUGACAGAUUUUUGUAUUGAUCAUGCAUCAUGUUCUCGUGUUCAUGCUGCUUUAGUUUAUCAUAAAAAUUUGGAACGUUUUUUUCUAGUUGAUCUUGGUUCAACACAUGGUUCAUUUAUUGGAUCAAUACGAAUCGAAUCAAACAGACCAAUUCAACUUCCAAUUGAUUCUUGUUUUCAUUUUGGUGCUUCAACAAGAAAUUAUAUACUACGUGAAAAACCUAAACAAAUAAAAAAUGAUGAAGAUGAAAUGCAAAUGUCAUUACCAGAAGGUGAAAAUGAAAUCGAUCAUUUAACUGAAUAUAAUACUGCACAAAAUCGUCGUGUAAGUAUGUUAGGUGUAUCCGAAACAGAUGAUAUGAAACCGGCAAAAGCUAAAAAACGUAAAUCAGUUCAAUUCCUUACCGAAGAUGAAAUAAUCAAUCCGGAAGAUGUUGAUCCUAAUGUUGGAAGAUUUCGUAAUCUAGUACAAACAUCCAUUAUACCAUCGAAUAAUAGUUCCACAAAACGAUUAAAAUCAGAUUCACAAUCAUCAUCAUCAUCAUCAUCAUUGUAUUCUAAUUUAUUUAAAGAAUCAUUUUUUAAUCGAAUUAAUCAAUCAUCGAAUCAAUCGAAUAGUUCGGCAACUACUUCAACCGCUAAUACAUUAUUGCAGAAAAGUUGUUCAUUAGGUAUACAAUUACCAAAUCCAGCUCCAGAAAUUGUUAAUGAUAAUAAUGAUGAUAAAUUAAUUGGACCUUUACCAAUUGAAUCAAAAUCUUCGUUUGUUGAUUCUGAAUCUAUUUCAUUAUAUGAUGCUGAAGAUUUUGUAGAUGAAAAAGAACAGAAAAAGAAAUAUGCAAAAGAAGCAUGGCCAGGACAUGAAAAAACAACAUCAUUAACUAAUUUUUAAUUU